GUGCUACCUCCAGUCCUCCACGCACUAGUCAUCCACGAGGCCGUCUUGUCACGGGGUACUAGUGAAUAGUAAUGAGGACCUGUCAGAUGAGGGGUUGGGACGUGAUAUGAGGCUUGACUGCAGUGUGAGAUGAGCGUGGCGGCGGUGUGUGGCAGGGUGUGGUGGUGGCGGUGUGUGUCUGCUGGGGUGUGUGUGUCGCCGCCUCUGAGACACUUGCAUCUCACACAUACCAGACACUGCCCACAGCCCCCCGGCAACAAUGGUCCCCCUCCAGCACCACUCCGGGACCACCUGCAGAGCCUCGACCACAUCCGGAAUAUUGGCAUCAUGGCACACAUUGAUGCAGGCAAGACCACCACCACGGAACGCAUGUUGUUCUACGGGGGAGUGACCAGAACGCUGGGGGAGGUGCACCACGGGGACACUGUCAUGGACUACUUGGACCAGGAGCGGGAGAGAGGGAUCACCAUCACCUCAGCCGCCAUCACCCUGCCCUGGGCUGACCACCGCAUCAACCUUGUGGACACGCCAGGCCAUGUGGACUUCACCAUGGAGGUGGAGCGUUCUCUCAGAGUGCUGGAUGGGGCCGUGGCCAUCCUGGAUGCUUCUGCUGGUGUGGAGGCACAAACACUGACGGUGUGGCGGCAGGCAGACCGCUACAGGGUGCCUCGCUUCAUCUACCUCAACAAGAUGGACAAGCCCGCUGCCAGUGUGUCCCUCUGCCUCAGCUCCAUCAGGGACAAGCUGCAUGUCCUGCCACUUCUGCUACACCUCCCCCUGGGCCAGGGCAAGCUGUUCCGUGGCCUGGUGGACCUCGUCACUUUGCAGAGGCUGGAGUGGGACCUCAGCUCAAGUGACCGUGGCAGACAGUACCUCCAGCGUGCCCUCACCCCAGAGGAGGAGGUGUGGGACGAGGCACAGCUGGCCCGGUGUGAGUUGAUAGACAAGCUGGCAGACCUGGACACACCCCUGGCAGAGUAUGUGCUGGAGCAGGAGUCCCUGGAGAAUGUGCCUGCCCCGCUGAUGAGGGAGGCUGUCCGCAGGGUGACUCUCAGCCAGGAAGCCGUGCCAGUACUGGUGGGAAGCUCCUACAAGAAUGUGGGUGUGCAGCCGAUGAUGAAUGCUGUGGUGGACUUCCUUCCCUCCCCCAGAGAUGCCACUCAGCCCCCUGCCCUCAGCCUCUACACCCCCAACCUGUGUGCCUUGGCCUUCAAGAUCGUCCAUGACAAACAAAGAGGAGGCAUUCUGACGUACCUGCGUGUCUAUUCUGGCUGCUUGGAAAAGGGCCAGCGAGUGUACAACGUAAAUGGAAGCCGCAGCGAGAAGUUGGGUCAGGUCCUCAUUGCAUAUGCUGAUCACUACAAGGAAGUGGCAUCAGUGGAGGCCGGGAACAUUGUGGUCGUCACUGGGCUGAAGGGCACCAACACGGGAGACACACUGGUGGCGAGUCAGGCAGUGGCCAGCGCAGCCAAGAAGAAGCUGGCUGUGACGGGGGAUGAGGACACAACACCCACGCUGCUUGGUGUUGAGGUGCCUGAUCCAGUCUUCUUCUGCUCUGUGGAGGCACCAUCAACUUCCCAGCAGAAGGCCCUGGAGAUGGCACUAGUCCAGCUGGAGAGGGAGGACCCAAGCUUGCAUGUCACCCAGGAUGAGGAGACAGGCCAGACAGUGCUCUCAGGAAUGGGGGAACUGCAUUUGGAGAUCAUUCGUGACAGGAUACACAAGGAACACAAGGUGGACGCAGAGCUGGGCCCGCUGCAGGUGGCGUACCGGGAGACCUGCGGUGUCCCUGUCACACACACGCUCCAGGUGGACAAGAUGAUUGGAGACAGCCGGCAGCAGGUUAAGAUUGUCCUCUCCAUUUCUCCUUCCCAAGACCACAAGUUCAAGUCUGUCUCCUUUGAGUAUUCUGCAGACAACCAGGAGAACCUUCAGUCUCUGCGCCGCUACCACCUCUCAGCCAUCAACCGGGGUGUCAGCUCAGGCCUCAGGAGCGGGCCAGUACUGGGCUGCCCGGUGGUGGAUGUCAAAGUUGGCCUGCACUGGUUUGAGGUCAGGCCGGGCACCUCCGAGACCAUGGUUGCUGCUGCUGCUGCUCAGUGUCUCCAACAGGUCCUGGCAGAAGGAGGAUGCCAGCUGAUGGAGCCAAUCAUGGUGCUGGAGAUUGUAGCGGAGGAGGACCACACCUCCACUCUGCUGGCUGAUCUUUCCCGUAGAAGGGCAAACGUCCUGCACAUAUCCCAUCGCCACAAUAUGAGGGUGUUGCUGGUGGAGUGUCCCCUUGCUGAACUCCUGGGCUACUCUACUGCCAUCCGUACCCUGUCGUCGGGCACAGCUUCAUUUUCCAUGGAGCUGUCCCACUACAAGCUGGUGAAUGCCUCCCAGCAAGCUGCUGUCAUUGAGGCAGUGACUGGCUUCCAACCCUUGUGAAGUACACCAUUGCAAGCCACCUCAGCUGUGUGGGGGACAGCUUGAUUAAGCUACUCAGUUUAAUCUAGGUGUGUGUCUGUGUGGACGGAGAGCGAGGUGGAGAUGUUUAAGGCUGAAGGCUUCCACAAGCUUUCCUGUGGCCGCUGCCCUUCUCAGCGCGGGGUUGUGGCAGUGGCAGAUGCUGCUCCCAACCCUUCGUCUGGAACAUGUCAUUCAUGAAUCAUUGAUCCUUCAGUACAAUUUCUAAUGUAAAUAACUGUAAAUAAAGAAUUUAUAUAA